AUGAGUGGGAGGAAUACACUCAAGUUAAAGCUAGAUAUAAGCAAAAAAUGUGGAGAGGGUGAUUCACAAUGUAGUUGCUCACCUAAGCCUGAUGGCAUAAAAGUUAGCAAAGUGACGGGUAUUACUAAUGCCAAUGGCUUUGUUGCCCUUGUCCAUAAGAGUGAUAAACCAUUCAAGUUACUCCAGAGUCUAGGUGAUGAUGAGCAACUAAAAAAUGAUAUCCCUAGUGUUAAGACCGUUGCUGUAUAUUACUGGGACGGAGAUGAUGAUUUUAAAAGACCACUACUCCUUGAAGUAGAGACUAGUAGUGGUGGAAAACAAUACUACUACAAAUAUGAACAAGAUGAAUGUGAGGCACAAAACGAUACAAGUACUUGGAAGUAUAAUCCAGGCAAUCAUUCGCUACAGGAAAGACUGGAUGACAGGUACUGUGGCAGAAACCAUGCUAUUCCCUUUGACAUAAAAGAACUUACAAAAAAUCAUGCUACUGGAAGAUCGGCAUGUCUAAAGAAAACAAGAAGUAUCACAGAAUCUACUUCGCCUCCACAACCUCAUCCAGGAGGUGGCUACACCAUACAAGAAUACGAAGUUAAUGGUAGUGACACCAAGAUCUCCAGGGUUACAUUUGGAGGACAAGAUACAAGAGGUAUUGAUCCUAAAAAUGACGAAAUAUCAAAGAUUAGAUUGUUCAUACAAAAUAAUGUAAGUAGUGGUCCUCCACUAAUGCUCCAGUUUAUGAAGCAGGAUGGAGAUUCAAAGUGGUUUUACAACCAAAAUUCCGAUGGUACUGACUGGGGAUCUGUUGAUAACCAUUCUAAGUUCUAUGGUCCAGGAGAUGAACCUACUGAGAAACUUACAACUGCGCUUGAUGAUGUUAGGUGCGUACGUGACAGUGCAGUUACCUUGAAUUUGUCUUUUGAGAAUUCUGAGACUCAUUCUAGUGGAACUAAGUACUGUUGCCGUUAUCAUGACACUAGUGUAAAGAAGGUUACUGUUACUCCUGUACAAAUUUCCUGUAUGGUAAAGGAUCACCCCUCAAGCAAGCUUACAGCUUAUAAACACUCCAUUGAGUCUAACAUGAAACUGGCAGGCAUUAAGUACUAUGUUGGUAGUAGUAGUAAUAAUAACGACAGGAAGAAUAUAACUGGUCCUGGGCUAGACUUUCCCAUCUCUGCUCCAGUUACCAUAUCCGCAUUCUAUUGUAAUGAGAACGGGAAUGGGCCAGUACUAAUCUACGUCGACUCAAAAGGAAAUGCAGCUAAAGGUUGGUUCAAAAAAGGAGGAACUCAGGAUAGUGAAGACUGGACACCUGUUCCAAGUAACCUCGACAGCAUAACACCUGAUAAUUUCAGCACUCUAAACCGUGAACAAUGGAAGGUAUUUGUGGGUCUACUAAAGGGGGCUGGAUGUAAUGAGUUGAAAGAAUGCCCUCCUGACAACUCUUCUAAAUGGAUUAAGAUUGGAUCUGGAGUUACUUCAACAGUCGGCACAGGAGGUGCAGCUUAUGGCGGCUGGUAUGCCUGGGUCAAUUACUUUCUUGACCCUCUUGUACGCUUAAUAUAA